AUGGAGUCAAGUUCAGGAGAAACUGAUGGACACACAGAGGAUCUAACAGUGAGAAAGAAGUCAAGGUUCAGGGUCCUAAAGUCACGUCUAUUUAGCCGUCUGAAGAAGAAGGAGACUGAAGGAAGGAUGAAGCAGAGUCAGUCCACAGGUGACGUUACCGCUCAGGAGGGCAGAAGAAGUGAGGAUGAAUCAGAGGACGACUCUCUCUAUCCAAAGGGAACGCUGAGCUCCAGAGCAUUGUCUCAUGACAGUAUCUUUCUGGCUGAUCAAGUUCAGUCCACAGAGCCAACACGGGUUCUCUCACAGGAAAAUGUACACAGCAGGAUUAAAGCUCUACAGUUGAAGCUUCAGCAGCAGAACAUGCGUCUGGUUCGUCCUCCGUUGUUGAUUCCUGGCAAGCACGUCGAAGACUCUGGAGCAACUUCUGAAGAUGAUGGUUUACCCUGCAGUCCUCCUGAGAUGUCUUUUCAGGAGGCACCGCACAGAGCAAAUUUAAAGUUUCCUAGGGCUAAAAGGCAUCUCAGCUGUUUGAGUUUAGCAGGAACUGGCAGUGAAGAGGAAGAGCAGGGUGGUUUCUCACAGCCCUCAUCAAGGCCUCUCUCACCAGCCUCGCCUUUAUCUCCUCUGGCACUCAUCUCAUCACCUGCAGAUUUCGCCUCAGCCUCUGAAGGUGUGGAUUUCGCGAGCCCCGCCCAGGUCCCGAUCCUGGACAAUUCAGCCGCUCGUCAUCGCAUGUCUGUCAAGCCUAGAAAUCAACGAGCAAGCACCAAGGGAAAAAGACCACCUAAUCUGCGUCGUCCUAAAUCCAACAGCCUGAAUAACCUGGACCAGCCUUUAUCAGAGACAGAGGAAACACCACAAAGUGUCACAACUACACAGACAAUGAAUGAUUACUCCUGUUACUCUCAGGAUGCCACACUGGCAGAGGUUUCACUUACCUCCACUAUAGAAUUACAGGAACAAGAGAAGGUCAGAGCACUGGAUGGUGGCCCACUGAGUCCAUCUAAGCGGCGAAAUGAAGCUAUAAAACCUGCCGAGCUAUUCCAACCUGAGAGUAAAAUUAGGAGUAAUACACCUGCAUUGCAGCCUAUGCCCACCCUGUGCUUUUCAAUGUUGUGUGAUGAAACUGAGAGAGCUUCAGACCUUACUAAAGACCAACUGGGAAAAGAACCUCUAGAUGAUAGCCAACACAUAAGUAAAACUACAGUCAAUGUUAAAGAGUUGUUUCAGACCACUACAGUGCAGGUACCUCACUCUCUUGUAAACAGAACAACUUUGUAUGAUGUUACAAAUGAGAAAACUGUUGAGAUUGUGACACCAGGUAGCACAGAUUCAAAGAAUAUAGGUACAGAUGUUUCUAAAUCAGCAGAAUCCUCAACUAGAAUGAAUCCUGUUCCUCCGCUCCGUACCAAAAAACCAACUCCUGCACCCAAAAAUAAUAACGCUCCCAUAAAAAUACCCAGUUCAAAACCCAGUAACGAAAAUGAGGCUGCAUCAUACAUAGUCAUGGAAAGCUCUUCAAGACAGGAUGAUAAGCCAGAGAGAUCCGGGUCAUUUCGUUUUUGCAGUGCAUCUGCAAAGUAUCUUUCCAAGACAAGUGGUGAGCAAAUGGGCAAACAGGAUGAAGAAAUCUAUGAUAAUAUAAUGCUCCUGAAAAGCAUAUCCUACAACCAGAACCUGCCAACCCCAGUGAAACCAGUAGCAAACACCAAAACCACAGAUGGUUGCAGAAAUGCUGAUUCAAAUCCAGAUAAGAAAAUCAGUUUGCAGAGCAACACAAUGACCCAAAAUGCCUCCAGGACAGCAGGAAGCAACAACCCUGAAAACAAAGAAUCUAGAAAUAGUGAGGAAGCUGAAGACAGGAGUGGACUUUUUGGGGUUAAAUUGCGCAGUACAUCAUUGUCUUUGAGGUAUCGUUCUGACUUAGCCAGUUUAAAGGAUAAAACCAAGAGACAUAGUUUGGAGGCCCAUCCCUUGCAAUCAGGCCUAUUUGGAGAAGAAACGUCUAUCAGUGACAUGGAAGCAAUCAGUCCUCAAGGAAUGUCUGCACUACAGAGCACAGACUCACAAGAUGAUCCAACUUUAAACAAAGUUUCAGAAAGAGAGACAUGCACCAGACCAAGCUCAAGAAGUGAAACAGAUUGUAGAUCAGAACCACCGUGGAUGGGCAUCGCCCGGGAGAGGACAAGAGUCCACCAGUCCUUUACCAAACCACCUACACAGCCAGCUCUCCCUCCUAACUUUGCAUCUUCAUCCACAACUCUAAGCUCCAGCACUCAACCAACAAUACCAAAACCAACAAUACAACCCAGAACUUUGUUACUCCCUACCAGCAAAUCCCAGCUUAAAACAUCCCUCACCACAGAACUACAGCCAGUCAAUCAACCAUUACCACAACAUCCUCCCAAACCAACUCCAAGGCUAAUGCUGGAAAGGUGGAGCAUGUCUAAUCAGAGAGCAGAAAAGAGUGCUGCGAGCCAAUCCACAAAUGCAGAUGAACUGCCGGAUGUUAAGGGGGAAUCAAAAUCCAGAGCUAGGAGUACCAACCAAAUGGAAAGUGAUCAGCAGCAGUCUCAGCCAGACAGAACACAGCCAUCUUGGAUGGAACUUGCCAAAAGGAAAUCUCUAGCUUGGAGUGACAAGAGCUUGGAUUAAAAAAAUCAAAAAGGGACAUUAAAUACAGCCUGUUAGGGACCUGCAUAUUUUAAAUUAUGGAAAU